AUGAUUUCUCCCACGCGCCGGCGCUUACUCUCCAGAGCAGGCCUUGUCUCUACGUUAUUAGCCUCUAGUCGUCGAUCCAGUCUCGCUGCAGCCACCUGCGCAUUAUCGACACGCUUGAUACGAGGGGCGAUCGUGUCGCCAUCUACCUUACAGCCAGCCGCGCUCCUUCCUCAACAGCGCUUUAUAUCGUCUUUAAAGGACUACCCGACAGGCGAGCAGUCGAUAGCCGAUGAGCUUGAGUUCUUUAACGAGAAGAAAUGGGGCUGGGUCAUCUACCGCUGCACCUACGGUGACGACGCGGCCUGGGAGCGCUUUAAGGAGCUGGUCGCGCGGCAGACGCGUGAGCAUCUCGCACCGUCCCCGUAUAGCGACGCGCCUCCGGUACCGUUGCCGCGCAGCGUCGUAGAUGGUGUCGAUUGGAGGUUCGUGUCCGACCCGACUCUCGAAGGCGCGUCAAAGCAGGCACUCCGCGAGCGCUUCCGUGCUUGGGUUGCCGGGGAUAGGCCAGACCCUCCGGCGAGGCCCGGGUACAAGUCGUCGCGCCACAGCUACUUCGUGCAAGUGGAUGAGGCGUCACUGCGUAGCGUUUUUAACGAUGAUAACCCGGACGCCUGGAGGUCAGGCUGGGUCAACCUGGUGCGCUGCGUCGAAGGGCUAGACUACAAUCUGUCCCCGGAGUGGAACGCCGCGCAGGACGGGUAUAGAAAGGAGCUCGAGGAGAACGGCGAAGAGUACAUCCCAGAGGACUGGAUAAUGCUGGCGGCCUCGUCCCUGAUCCCGGGCUUCUACGGCAGUCUGAACACCAUGUCAGAGAAUUGGUCCAUGUAUUAUUCCCAGCCUCCGAACUUAGUAUCGCAUUAA